AUGGCAAUCCCAGUACUUCCGUCGUUUUCGAAGCUGGCUUCGACUAUUGACUACCGAAGUUGGAACUGGCACUGGUACCAUGUAGUAUACCUCUUUUUGGCAUGGCAGGUAGCGCAGAUACUAUGGAAGUUCUGGUGGAAAGCACCGUCCAACGUCAUUAUUGCAGCAUACCCUACGCCGCUGGGAAGGUUUUUGACGGCACUGCAUAUGGUCUAUGCUUCAGGAACGCUCCUUGAAAAAGCGUAUGAAUCGUCUGGCGGAAAACCGUUUGCGAUUCCCAUGCUGGAUCGCUGGAUCAUUUUCGUUUCCAACACGGACACCCUCAAGCAGCUGGACCGUGAACCUGAACAUGUACUUUCACUACAGCAAGCUCUGCAUGAGCUCGCGUCCACAGGGCCAAUAUUGGGUCCUCAUCAGGUAAAAAUAGAGAACAAGGGAACGCAGAGCGAAGUCUCUCGUGUCGUGGUUGGUGUGUUGAAGAAUAAGCUCCGUUCAAAUAUUCCUUUGAUGAGUGAUACCCUUCGAGAACGAGUUAAGAGUUCAAUGGCUAUGGAGAUGUCUCCGCCAACAAACGAAGCUUGCGAGAAGAAUGAAUGGAGACCAGUUCGACUGAUGCCGGUACUCCUUCGCAUCUUCACCAGCGUAAAUCUUCUCCCUCUAGUUGGUGAGGAACAAGGUGUGUAUACGUGCUGGUUUACCUCUACCAUGUUAUCUUUCAUCGGGCCAAUUGCCAUGGGCUGGGGUGUUACAAGAACAAAAGUUUACGAACUCCUGUUGUGGCACACUACUAAAGCCCUUGAGGACAAGGAGCUAGGCAAAGAAAAGCAGGUUGUUCAGUUCUGCAUACACAGACUGUGUACGCAUGGGGAGUACACAGACAGGCUCAGAAAAGAAGCUCUAGAAUGCGAGAAUCUGUCCUUUGGCUCUAUGAACCGGGAGAUGCCUUAUCUCGACAGUUUUAUGAAGGAGACUUCUCGUCUGAGCCCAGGCCCAAUCGUAAGUGCGCCCCGUACAGUCAUGGUCCCGUACACCAUGGAGGACGGCUGCCACAUCCCGGCUGGACACUGGAUUGCCAUACCGCAACUCGCCCUCAUGCGAGACGAGAAAAUCUGGCCAAACGGCAAGGAAUUCGAAGGGUUCCGCUUCGUUGAUGAACAGGGUGAUGCAUCUGAGUCACGUUUUACUCACCCUAGCCACGAGUUCCCCUUCUGGGGGUCGAUAAAGCAUGCAUGCCCAGCACGCUUCUAUGUCUCCGUUGUCAUCAAAAUGGUGCUCUCACAUCUUCUUCUCGACUAUGAGUUCAAGCUCGAAAACCCAACAAUGGCCCCGUUCCUGACCUUUGGCAAGGUCAGAGUGCCCAGUCCCUUUAUGACGCUGCUGGUCAGGAAGCGCUCCGUUGCCUCAAAGGUGUAG